UACUAUACAUUUAAUAAAUUUGUAAUUUUCAGUUUUCAUAAGUUAACGGUUUUCAGUUAACGAACUUAAAAUAUUAUUUUGUUUAAUAUUAUAUUCGGAAUUGUUUGUUUAUCAGACCGUUUCAAUUUUGAAAAAAUAAUAUUCGCCUCUGGCGAAUUCUUGAGCGAUAGAGUCACAAAUCAGCAUUAUUCGUGGAUAUGUAAUAAUUAUGCUUAGGUGUAUUUUGGACAAUUUUGAUUAGUAAUAAUACAAUUACAGAAGAUUUAAUGAAUGCCAAUACAAGUCUUGUUGAAGAACUGUUUUCACAUGCACUUUUUGCUUCUUCAAUCAGUAAUUUGGUGUUUUCUAACGGUGGAUCAACAAGUUGUGGUUUUUUAUUAUUGUUUAUCUAUUAAUUAUCUGAACCGAUAAAUCCUGAAAAGUGAUGCGUUAGCUUAGAAUUCUUAAGCUUUAAGGCCUUUACUAUACAUUCCAAAGAAGGUACAAAUACAUGACUAACAGAUAUGUCUCGCAAUGAAAAAGUCAAAUCGGGAAGUUUUUUGGAGUCAUGGUUCAAAACGGGGGCCGCGAAGAAACCUCAGGGUCAAAGACCCACAUCCACCCUCACGGCCCGACCAAAUUCCGAGACAGAUAUCGUGGAUCCCGAUGACGAUUACCUAAAAAUGAUAGAAACCAUGAGUGAGAAAGAAAUUAAUGUAAAAAUAGAAGAACUAUUGAGUGAUAUGAAUUUAAAUGACGACAAGAAGAAACCUUUGAGGGAUAUGGCGAUGGACCAGAAGAAAGCGAUGUUGAUCAUGCAAAACAAAAAGAAAGGACAACAGGAGACAGGGAAUCGUUUCAACGAUCCAGAAGAUUAUCAUAAAUAUCUAGAACAACAUAUCAGUUCUGAAUAUACGCCAUUAUACAAAUUUCAGAACUGUGUUGAAAGUCUUAGGGUUGCUUUAGCUAAUAACCCCUUGAGUUGGGUAGAAAAAUUCGGUUCCAUAGGACUCCAAAGGAUAUUACAAGUUUUAGAAAUAGGACUAAAAUUUAAGGACGUUAAACUACAGACUGAAUGUUUACGAUGCUUAGAGAAAUUCAUGAACAAUACGACGGGAAUUAAAGCAUUUUUCAACACUGGCAAAGGGCACGUGACUGUGGCCAAAUGUUUAGACCACGAAAAACCUCAAGUUAUGAUACAAGCUUUGAAGAUUUUAGCUCCGCUGUGUUUCUUAGACGAAGGACGUGACGAGGACGGUUCGAAGAAAGUCCUAUUAGCCAUUACUAAAGUCGGAGAAGAGGAAAACCGGGAGAGAUUUUUGCCGGUUGUUAACGGAAUUACUAAAACUAAUAAUGCUGAUUUGCAGAGUAUGUGUUUUCAAUUUAUUAAUGCUUUGUUAUCCGAAACAGAAGACUUUGAGUUUAGAAUGCACUUAAGGAAUGAAAUUGUUCGAAAUGGACUUUAUGAAAAAUUACAGGAGUUGAAAAAUGAAACUAACCCAGUCAUAAAGAGACAGUUCGACAUAUUCGAAAAUCGACGAGAAGACGACGCCGAUGAAUUACACGAACGUUUUGACAAAGUACGACUAGACAUGGACGAUAUACACGACUGUUUUGAGGUCUUGAAAAAUGUCACGUUAGAAACGCCUUCGGAACCGUAUUUCCUCAGUAUUUUACAACACCUUUUGUUCAUCAGAGACGAUAUAAAUAUAAGGCCAGCGUACUUCAAACUGAUAGAAGAAGUAGUUUCGCAAAUAGUAUUACAUAAAUCUGGGUUAGAUCCCGAUUUUAAGAAAAAUCACGUAGAUAUCGACCUCCAACCGCUCUUGGACGAACUUAAAGAUAAGCCCGUAUCAGUAGUCGACAGUGCUGAAGUGGAGGGCUUGAGGAAACAGUUAGAAGAAGCGUUAGCAGCGAAAACCGAGGCGGAAGCGAAACUGGAACUCGUUCAAGGUCGUGCUGGAGCUACUGAAAACACUGGCAAAUUAGAUCCGGCACUCAUUAACAAAGUCAACAUUCCACCCCCUCCACCGCCUCCUCCAGGUAUGGGAGGCCCACCACCGCCUCCUAUGCCAGGCACCAGCAUGGGUCCCCCACCACCUCCAAUGCCAGGAAUGGGGGGUCCUCCACCCCCACCAAUGCCUGGAAUGGGAGGACCCCCACCACCACCAAUGCCUGGAAUGGGAGGGCCUCCGCCACCACCUCCACCACCUGGUAUGGGCGGUCCACCCCCACCCCCGAUGAUGGGCGGCAUGGGUGGUCCUCCUCCACCUCCAGGGAUGGUGCCGUUGCCGGGUUUGGCCAGGCCGGAUUUGCUUCCGCACGGGUUGAAGCCAAAGAAAAAGUGGGAGGUGAGCGGACCUCUCAAACGGGCGAAUUGGAAGAUGAUUUUGCCUCAAAAGUUGUCGGAAAAAUCGUUCUGGGUGAAAGCGAAGGAAGAAGAGCUGGCUGAGCCUGAUAUUCUUGACGGUUUAGCGAAGAAGUUUUCUUCUAAACCAGCCAAAACUUCUGAAGACGUCACAGAUAAAAAUAGCAAUAGCGGAACCUUGAAGAAAGUGAAGGAACUAAACGUCCUCGACGGCAAAACCGCUCAAAACAUUUUAAUUUUACUAAACGGGACUUUGAAACAUAUGGCCUAUGACGACAUUAAAUCGGCGCUGUUGAGGUGCGACGAGAGCGUCUUGUCGGAAAAUGUCACGGAGCAGCUCAUACAGUAUUUACCACCCGCCGACCAGCUGAAUAAACUGCAAAGCUUUAAGGAAAAAUACGAAGACCUGACGGAGGCGGAGCAGUUUUGCGUCAAAAUGUCGGAGGUUAAAAGGCUUCUGCCGAGGUUGAAGUCGCUCAGUUUUAAGCAUCAUUACGUGGAAAUGGUACAGGAUACCAAACCAGAUAUUGUUGCGGCUACAGCAGCAUGCGAAGAAGUGAAGAAGAGUAAGAAGUUUGCUAAGAUUUUAGAACUUAUUCUGCUUAUGGGUAAUUACAUGAAUACCGGAAGUAGAAACGCUCAAGCCUUUGGCUUUGAAAUGUCUUUCCUCACCAAGUUAACUGCCACCAAAGAUGUUUCCAACAAGCAAACGCUGUUGCAUUAUAUCGCCGAGACGAUAGAGACGAAAUGGCCGGAGCUCCUAAAUUUCUACGAUGAAAUGCCACAUAUCGAUAGAGCUAGUCGCGUAUCGUUAGAUAACAUCCAAAAAACCCUGAAACAAAUGGAUAGUAACAUAAGGAACUUAAAAACUGAUCUAGAGAAUAACAAAGUGCCUCAGGGAGCGGACGAUAAAUUUUUGGAAGUUAUGGAGAAAUUCGCCGAAGACGCCAGGGAACAGUGCGACGUCAUGCAGAAGAUGUUCAAGAAAAUGGAAAGCCACUACAACGACCUGUCCGAGUAUUACUCAUUCGACAAACAGAAAUAUACGUUGGAGGAGUUCUUUACAGAUUUGAAGACGUUUAAGGAUAGCUUUAUUCAAGCUAAAAAUGAUAAUCAAAAGGAGAGGGAGAUGGAAGAGAAGAAGGAGAAGGCAAAACAAGCGAGGUUGAAGCAGGAGAAAGAGAAAGAGGAAAGGAAUAAACGGAGGCUGAUCGACAUGAAUCCUUCGGAAACACAAGAGGGCGUCAUGGAUAGUUUAUUGGAGGCCCUGUCCACCGGUAGUGCCUUUGGAAGGGAGCAGAAGAAACGGAGGGGUCACAGGCCGGCAGGAGCCGAGCGCAGGGCACAAUUAGUCAGGUCAAGGUCAAGGACGGGAUUGUUAGCUGGAAGAGAGUUAACCAGGGCGAGUUCGCUAAAAUACGAUGCUCAGCCGUUUUACGGUUACAUGGACAGUGACUCAGACUAUUCCACAACCUCAGUAUUUUUUUGAAAUUCCCCGAUCACUUGAAAUACUGGCAUAACCCCGUUGAUUUAGUGAGAACCAAUUACGACAACGAAUUUUUAUGCUCAAAUUGGAAGAAAAAAACGUUUUGUAUGAUUAUAAUUUAUUUAUAAUUUUGUAAAUUGUUUCCACUUGUAAAUAACUGUAAUUUGUAUAUUUUGAGUUUAUCGAAUCUCAAGUUUUUUUUUUACAUAAUGUACUAAUCUAGAUUAGAAAUAUGAAGGCCAAAAAGGGUAAAUUUCAAUCUUUUGUUAUCGUUUAAAUAUCGUUAAUCAUUACCUAAUUUUCAAAGUAUUCUGUUCGUGAAGUCAUAUAUUAUUUAAAAUAUAGGUCCUUUCUUAAUUGUAGAUUUUGUAUUCCGUUAAUUUUUAUGUUAUUGCACUGGUAAGUAUUUUUGUUUGUACAUUCUAGAGCAGAAAAGAGUGUUUUCUUUUAUCAGAAGAUUGGAACUGAUUAUAUGAUAUUUUAGGGUGACAAUGGAAAAAUAAUAACACUUUUGAUUAUGCUUCGUUUGAAAUUGGAUCGUGAAUAUUUUCAACAGGGAUUAAACAUUUAUUUAUUAUUAUUGGAACAAAAAUUAACUUUUCUAUAAUAUUUUUUUUAUCAUAGUUACACAUUAUUUUGUAUCACUACGAAAAUUUCACGAUCUUUCCACAAUUCUUCAUUCAUUGUAACGAUAGUUAUAGUGAAAGUGAUAUUUUAAAAU